CGGCGGCUCGUCGUCGGAUAUAUUUGCUUUAUUGAUAUUUUGAGUGUCAGGCCCUACGGCGCCUAUGCAUAUCUCCAGAAUUUGGACCGUGUUCUAGAAUACAUUAAAGACAAAGUGCUUGAUUACAUUUGAUCGAUUCACUAAAUAGCUACUAUGUCUGAAAUAAUAUACCCGCAAGGGUGCAGAUCAGUCACCGAAGAUUUAGGUCCAGAUGAAUUAAUCAGGAGACUCAAGACACUAGCACACACAUUGCAAGCUAUGGGACAAGAUGAAGGAAUGUACCAGCAAUACAUACCACUAGCAUUACAUUUGGCGGAAGACCAUUUCCUGAUGCAUCAGAGCAAAGAUGUGCAACUACUAAUUGCUUGUUGCAUUGCAGAUGUCUUAAGAGUUUAUGCACCAGAAGCUCCUUAUAAAGAUUCUGAGCAGGUCAAAACGAUAUUUCUGUUCCUUAUUAAGCAACUGGCAGGCUUAAAAGAUCCUAAAGAUCCAGCUUUUAAGCGGUACUUUUAUCUGCUUGAAAAUUUAGCUUACGUCAAGUCAUUUAAUAUGUGUUUUGAGCUUGAAGAUUGCCAAGAAAUUUUCUGCGCAUUGUUUUCCCUUAUGUUCAAAAUUGUGAAUGAUGAACAUUCUGGUAAAGUUAAAAGCUUCAUGCUGGACGUUUUAUGUCCACUUAUUACCGAAUCAGACAUUGUCAGUAACGACCUUCUGGAUAUUAUACUUAUGAAUGUUGUGGAACCAAACAAAUCACAGAAAAAAAAUGCAUAUACGCUUGCUAAAGAGCUAGUAAUCAAAUGUAGCGAUACAUUAGAACCAUACAUUCAAACAUUUUUUAAUCAAGUUUUGAUAUUGGGAAGAGAGGAGAAGAGUUUGCAAAUUUGCAAAAAGGUAUACGAUUUAAUUUAUGAAUUGAAUCACAUUUGUCCGAGUGUCUUGCUGUCCGUCCUGCCGCAACUAGAGUGUAAAUUAAAAUCUUCCUCUGAGAAUGAAAGAUUGGGCGCUGUGGCGUUGCUAGCAAGAAUGUUUUCUGAAAAGGGCUCACAAUUAGCUGUACAGCAUACACAGUUAUGGAGAGCGUUUUUGGGACGAUUUAACGAUAUUAGCGUGUCCAUUCGUAUUAAGUGUGUGCAGUAUUCAAUGCAUUUUUUGCUAAAUCAUCCUGAAUUGAGAAAGGAUAUCACAGACACUUUAAAACUGAGACAACACGAUGCUGAUGAAAGUGUCCGCUAUGAAGUCGUUAUGGCUAUCGUGACGACUGCCAGACGAGACUUUGAAGUUGUGUCAGACAGUGAAGAUUUACUCGAAUUUGUCAAAGAAAGGACUUUGGAUAAAAAGUUUAAAAUACGAAGAGAGGCGAUGUCUGGUUUAGCUAUGAUAUACAAAAAACAUUUGAAUGAUGCUGAUGUACCACAGGCCACAAAGAAGGCGGUUAUUUGGAUAAAAGAUAAAAUCUUGCAUGGUUAUUACAUGGCAGGCAUGGAAGAUAGAUUAUUGGUGGAAAGAUUGCUAAAUACGUGCCUAGUACCUUACCAAUUACCAGCUGAAGAGAGAAUGAAAAAAUUGUACCAUCUCUUAGGUACAAUUGACGAUCAUGCUUCUAAAGCUUUUGUGGAACUUCAGAAACAUCAACUUGCGGUGCGAAGGGCAGUAGUUGAAUGGGUAGACGUUGUAAAAAAAUCAGACGUGAAAAACGAACUAAUGGCGAAAGUUCUUCAGAUAUCACGUUUCUUACCAGAGUCUAUGAAAGUACAGGAGUUUCUUCAAAGAUUUAGUACUCAUAUGAAGCAAGAUAACGUAUUGUUACAAGAAAUGGAAACAAUUGUGCAACCAAAUGUUACCUGUAAGGAAUGCGCUGAAACCAUUACUAAGGUUCUCAAAAAAUUAGGACAGCCCAUUAUGACUAAUCUGUAUUAUAAUACUAUUAAGAUGGUGCUCGAAAGAGUAAGCUCAGUCAUGAUUGAUGAAGAAGCAAUUCGAGUUUUGAUUGGAUAUGUCUUAGACUGUUUGAAAGGCGGUAAUGUGAUAGAAGAAGUUGGUCUUAAUCCAAAUAAUGCCGGGGAAAAAGGAUUAAGAUUACUAGUGAUGCUCUCAUUUGUAUUUGGUCCACAUUUCCUACAUAACGAUAUCUUGAUGCAACUUGUCAAUUUGCUGGAAUUAGAGGAUGAGAUGGUAGCACCGUUGGUUUUGUCUAUCUUUACGUUUCUGGGAAAAUAUAAACCUCUAUGUGAUGUAGCGCCAGACAUUAUGAAUCUUAUGAUACCGAUUUGCAAGAAUUUUGCUGAGACGGGAACACCGAAGCAGGCAAAGCAAGCUGUGAGAUGUCUAUAUGUCAACAUGACCAAUAUUCACGAUACUAUCUUUCCCGAGAUCAUCGAAAGAAUUAAGAACACGCUGACACCGACGUCGGAAUAUUAUCGAACGUCUAUAGUCACAUUAGGUCACAUAGCAUAUAAUUUGCCAGAAAAAUAUCAAGUACAAAUAAAAAAUAUGGUGUCCAGAAAAAUAGUUAAAGAAUUACUAGUGAAGGAAAAUAGUGAGCAAAAUUCCGAAAUUAUUGACGGAGAUUGGUGCAGAGAGGAUCAAUUACCCGAAGAGACACGAUGCAGAUUGGAAGGUUUAAAGUGCAUGGCGCGUUGGUUAUUAGGAUUGAAAACUGACGUACUGUCAGCGCAAAAGACAUUCAGAAUGUUGAAUGCUUUCAUGGUGAACAAAGGUGACUUGUUGUCUCAGGGACGCUUGAGUAAAGCUGAAAUGAGUUGGUUAAGAUUACAAGCUGGUUGCUCAAUGUUAAAAAUAUGCGAACAGAAAGGUGUGGGUGAUCAAUUCACUGCAGAACAAUUUUACAAUCUUUCGCAACUCAUGGUGGAUGAAGUUCCUCAAGUCAGAGAAGCUUUUGGUAGUAAACUGCACAAAGGUCUAGGAAGAGGAAUUCCAAACAAAUGCUUACCCCUGGAUUUCAUGGGAUAUUACGCUCUGGCUGGCAAGGAACAAGACAAGAGGUUAAAGUGUGUAUUCAAAACGUAUAUGCAGACAGACAUAAAUAAAAGGAGAGAUUACGUGAAGACUCUUUCAAUGGGUACUGUCGAACGGGCUAUGGAUCAACUGCCCCAUAUUUUGCCGGAUUACAUGCUAGUUUUUGCGGUACCUAUUCUCGCGCAUGACCCCGAAUUUACAAGUCAUGUGAUGGUGAGCCAGUUGAAAGUUAUUCAACAAUGUCUUUGGUUCAUCUUGGAACCUCUUAUUACAAAGAAUGAAUAUUACUGCUACGGAUUUUAUAGAAAUCUCGUAGAACGCAUGAAGAGUCACAAAGAUGCAUUAAAACCUGAGGACAACGAAAUGAAUUGCAAAUUGUGGGCUGUUUGUGAUUUGGCGAUGAACGUAAUAUACACCAAGACUACUAAUUUCGAUAUGAAGGAGUUUCCGAGCGAAACGCGAAUUCCUACAAUGUAUUUUAAACGGACAGAUGAAACAUUAAAUAAUCAUAAUAAAAGUUACUUACCUGCGGAAUUACAAGUGAGCAUGACAAAUCCAAAAGUAAAGGGAUCACAAGGAUUCCACGUUACACACACGGUUGAGAGACCACAGCGCAAGGCUAAAUCCAAACAGCACAAGGAAGUAGGCAUUGGACCUAAUGAAACAGACGCAAGGCUGCAAGAUGGUGAAAUGGAAUGUAUCGAUGCACAGCCUGCGGAAGCAUCAGAGACCAGGAUUCAACUGCCUGGUUUAGAAGAAGAGAUCGAGGAACCACCAGCGAAAAGGGCAUUAAGGGAAUCGGAUAAAGUAAAUAAAUAAUUCUCAGUGAUCAGAUUAUACCUGGGGAAUAUUGGGAAGGGGAAAGACUUAAAGAACAUGAUGAUACGAGAAAUAAAGAAUCUAAAAGAUACUUCACAAAUUAGAAAACUGAAUAUUUUGGUUAUGUAUAACAAUUAAUAAACCUAAGUCGUUCGUGUAUUCUAGAGUGUAAGAUGUUAAGAUUAUGACAGUAAUGUCAGACUUGUAAUGCAAAGAGUUCUCCAGACUUGCAACU